CGGUUAUCGGACUUCCUGAGGAUCAUAUAUCUAUUGCGCGCUUUUGUUCAGUCGUCUCGCAGUUUGGAACAAAUGACAGUUGAAACAUGUCGGGCACGGAUACCGGUAUAAUUUUUUCCAUUGAAAGAAAGUCUCCCAACACUUUGUUCAACUUCAAAGUAGCAAAGAUCGUCGGAUAUUGGAGUCUCGAUGGAUCAAGAAAUUUUCACCAUAAUUCAUCUCAAUUACGCUAUUGGAUUCCGUUCAAUGAAGAAAUUGUGAAGUUCGAUUUGAAUGACGGGUUUGCACUAAUGCAGAGAAGACCUGACAGCUUGGAUGAUGAAAAACUUGAGAAUAUUUUGAGGUGGAUUGAAGGCAAUCAUCAGAAAAUUUUGGCUGAUCAGAGAAACCCUAGAUGGCUACGUCCUCACUUCAUUUGCUACCGUGGUCCCCUGGCAAAAAUCUUGAAAUCACCUUAUCAAGACAGAUACGGCUGGAUGAUUUGCGCCAUGAAAUUCAAAGGUACAAUUUACAUAUGUCCAUUUGACACAGAAGAGGAGAAGCGACAAAAGACCAAGGAGACUGAACGAGAUAAGAGAAUGACCUUCUGGGGGAAAAGAUUUGAGCACUACAUGCUGUCAGAUACCCCUUAUCAUCGUGGAGAUUCAUCACCGGUGAAUGAAUCAACAGAGUUCUGUUGUGUAUUCGAGAGCCGUCUCAAUGAUCAUCGCUUGCUCUAUGCUGCAGAAGUGGAUGGACUGUGUUCUGACGAAAAAUUCGAAGAUCCGCUCCCUCUAGAUCGGCUGAAAUUCAUGGAACUGAAAACGGAUAAACUCAAUGCGACUCCCGGGCAAGAAAUAAUGAGGAAGAAAGUAAAAUCGCUGAACUGGUGGGCCCAGAGUUAUCUGGUUGGGGUAGAGGACAUUGUUUGUGGAUAUCGAGAUGAUCGCAAUGGAGUCGUUCGACGCUUGGAGAACAAAUCUGUUUCUGGCUUAGAACGAGACUCACGGAAAUUCUGGAAUCCUUCCGUGUGCAUGAAUUUUUAUGAUGACUUCCUGACAUUCAUGAAACGUACUGUGAAGAAGAAUUAUGAUCAGGCUGUUUACAAAUUUGAGAGGCUCCCGAAUUCCAAUAAAAUCAUUGUGGAGACGUUACCAGCGACAUCGGACUAUGCUUUUCUCCCUGAGUGGUACAUCUCUUUUGCAAAAAAAUAAACACAUUCUCAGGAUUCUUCAGGAUUGGUAGUGUCCAGCCUCUGAAAUGUGAUUUCUGAACUGUGAUUAAUCAUUGUACUGUUAAGAGUAUGAGCUGCUGCACCCGGUGGAUCGAUCAAGAUAAUUCACAAACAACGCAGCUGCAUCCAUCGCUUUUGAUUAUUUAAUCAUUAGUGUAUGUAUGUAUACUUCCUCUUCAGUACAUUCAUUAUUUCCUUAUGUUCAUCAAUAUCAAUAUUUACAUUGUUAUUUUUAUUACUAUGCUCCUUAACUUACAUACUGUGUGUAUGACUGUUCUUACUAUUCACAACAUAAUUACACAAUGAGAGCUACCAAAACCUGGUGAAGUAACUUCAGUCAGUUUCAAUGACGAUUGUCAUCAUUAUCGCUAUUAUUCUUAUACACAUUAAAGAUAAUUCCAAUCCCGCUAAA